GAAUUCAUUUCAUAGCACAUUCUUGUAUAAAACAGAAUGGCAGCUCUGGGGUUGGAGAUAUUAGGGGUCACCCUAGCUGUGUUCGGUUGGAUUGUAGGCAUCGUGUCUUGCGCUUUGCCCAUGUGGAAGCUCAUGGCUUUCAUCGGGGUGAACAUCGUAACGGUGCAGACCAUAUGGGAGGGAAUCUGGAUGAACUGUGUAGUGCAAAGCAUUGGCCAGAUGCAGUGCAAAGUCUACGACUCCAUGCUGGCUCUCAGCUCAGACCUGCAGGCCGCCAGGGCUCUGUGUGUGAUUGCCAUUGUGAUGGGAGUACUGGGACUCCUACUCUCCAUUAUAGGAGCCAAGUGCACUAAAUGCCUAGAGGAGGAGCGGGCCAAAGCCAGAGUCAUGAUCGCCGCUGGAGUCACCUUCAUCUGCGCUGCGGUCAUGCACUUGAUCCCUGUGUGCUGGUCUGCUCACAGUAUCAUCAGAUCCUUCUACAACCCCGUAAUCAUAGAGGCACAAAAGAGGGAGAUCGGUGCGUCUCUUUACCUGGGAUGGGCAUGUAGCGCCCUUCUGCUGAUUGGAGGGGGGAUUCUCUGCUGCAGCUGCCCCCCACUGGAGGAGAACAGGUACAGUCCACCCAGCAGGAUGGUUUACUCUGCUGCACGGUGUGUACCGCCCGCUGGCUUUGACAAAUGAGACUAUGUGUGAACAAACGUACUCUUUUUGUGUUGCAACUCUGUUCAUAUGUGUCCUGAACAGAGAAUGUGAUGAUACAGCACAAGACAGUGUGUGUUUCUGGACAGUGAGUUCUGCUGUUUUGCCAUUUCUUUUGUUACCAAGUUCAUGCAAGCAGUUUUGAAGAAUUGCAAGUAUUAUAUUAUUACUAAAAAUAAGCACAUGCAAAAGUG